UUUGCUAGACAUGAUUUGAUGUAAUUAUAUUUAUGGUGAUGUCGAUGGAUUAAGGCUUUUGUUAUUUCGCAAGUGUCCCGAUAAAAUUUGUUAAAUGUGCGGCUCCACGUACAAAUGUUGGUCUCGGAAGAAAACAACCGAGGAUGUCACGCUUCCCCUGACGAAGUUAUCACCUACCGAAGCCGGCAAUCUAUCCUACAUGGAAGUAGCCCAACGUUUGCAGACAGAUACCAAGAAGGGUCUAUCAAAUAACGAAGUUGAAAGUAGACGACGAUGUACAGGAUACAACGAGUUCACCGUCUCCUCGGAGGCUCCGGCGUGGAAAAAAUACCUGGAACAAUUUAAGAACCCCCUCAUUCUACUCCUACUGGCAUCGGCAGUGGUUUCAGCGGCCAUGCAACAGUUGGACGAUGCUGUCAGCAUCACCGCAGCUAUUAUAAUAGUGGUGACGGUGGCGUUCGUGCAGGAAUACAGAUCGGAAAAGUCCAUAAAGGAACUGAGGAAAUUGGUGCCUCCGGUUUGUCACUGCGUAAGGGAUGGCGAACGGAAAAGCUUCCUGGCCAGGGAUCUAGUAAUAGGCGACAUUGUGGUACUAGAAACCGGCGACAGAGUUCCUGCUGAUUUAAAACUAUUCGAAGGGUCGGAGCUGUUUGUAGACGAAAGUUCCUUCACCGGGGAAACAGAGCCUUCCAGAAAAACGGCCGACUGUUUUCACGGUAACAACAGCUAUACUUCCAAUAGUAUGGCGUUUAUGGGAACGCUAGUUCGAUCCGGUAAUGGCAAGGGAAUCGUGGUAGCCACCGGGGAGGACAGCGAAUUUGGCGCGGUGUUUAAGAUGAUGUCAGAAGAAAAGGCACCGAAGACACCUCUACAGAAGUCGAUGGACAGAUUGGGCACCCAAUUGUCGAUAUAUUCUUUCGCCAUUAUUAUCGUAAUCAUGCUUAUCGGUUGGUGGCAAGGCAAAGACCUUUUGGAAAUGUUUCAAAUAAGCGUCAGCCUUGCAGUGGCGGCCAUACCUGAAGGACUUCCCAUAGUCGUCACCGUCACCUUAGCGCUAGGAGUAAUGCGCAUGGCCAAAAAAAAAGCCAUAGUCAAAAAGCUACCCACGGUGGAGGCUUUGGGGUGUGUCAAUGUAAUAUGUUCCGAUAAAACUGGUACUAUAACUUAUAAUGAAAUGACGGUUACCACUUUGGUCACCUCAGAGGGAUAUACCGCCAGCGAUUGUAAUGGACAGCUAACCAUUGACAAAUGUGAAGACCCCGAGCAGGCCAAUAAAUCUAUUAAUCAAUUAUUGGAGAUAGGAGCCGUCGCCAACAACGCCGUACUAAACGAUAACCAUCUGCUCGGCCAGCCGACAGAGGGAGCUUUACUGAUCGCUGCAUCUAAGCAGGGGGUUGAUGUCGCAGGAAAAUUUACAAGAAUCAAAGAGUAUCCUUUUACUUCUGAGAGCAAAAUGAUGAUGGUGAAAUGCGUCCGCCACCCUGACGCGACCAACCAUUUUCUCGCCAAAGGGGCGAUAGAAAGGAUUCUACCCAAAUGCACCAGUUUCAGCAGCAAUGACCAAACUUACGAAAUUUCCGCUCAAAAGAAAGAGGAAUUCACAGAAACAGCCAACGGACUGGGCAGAGAAGGUCUUCGGGUGAUCGCUUUAGCCCAAGGUACUUCGCCAGAUCAACUAUGUUACUUUGGUUUGAUCGGCAUUUGCGAUCCACCCAAACCACGAGUCAAGGAAGCAAUUGGUAUCCUAUAUGAAUCGGGAGUACAAGUCAAAAUGCUUACUGGGGAUGCCAGGGAAACGGCAGUUGCGAUCGCCCAGGCGGUUGGAUUGCCGUCGGAUCCGUCGAGAGUGUUAUCCAGCGAACAAAUGGAAUCGCUUUCCGAGGAAGAACUGAAGGCCGCUCUACCGUACGCCACAGUAUUCUACAGGGUGACGCCCAAAAACAAACUAUUAAUCGUAAAAUACCUUCAGAAGUGCGGUUACAUCAUCGGUAUGACGGGAGAUGGUGUCAACGACGGAGUGGCUUUGAAGAAAGCCGACAUUGGUAUAGCUAUGGGAAAAAUUGGGACAGACGUGUCGAAAGAGGCUGCCGACAUGAUACUCGUGGAUGAUGAUUUUUAUACUAUCAUAGCAGCAAUCGAAGAAGGCAAAGGGAUCUUCUAUAAUAUACGAAACUUCGUAGGAUUCCAAUUGUCAACAUCAGUAGCGGCUUUAUCUUUGAUAGCUUUGUCCACACUGUUAGAUCUUCCAAGUCCGCUGAACGCCAUGCAGAUUUUAUGGAUCAACAUUAUAAUGGACGGGCCUCCCGCACACAGCUUGGGCGUAGAACCUGUGAGCGAGGACGUAGUUAGGCAGAAACCACGUAACACGAAAGAGUCUAUGAUUAACAAAAGGCUGGUCUGCAACGUACUCAUAUCCGCCACUUUUAUUGUGUGCGGCACUUUGUGGGUAUUUCAGAGAGAAAUGCGUUCCGAAGGUGUUACCACAAGAGACACCACAAUGACGUUCACGUGUUUCGUAUUUUUUGACAUGUGGAACGCGCUGUCGUGCAGAUCGCAAACCAAGAGCGUUUUUCAAAUUGGAUUAUUUUCCAACACGUUUUUCCUCAUAGCGGUGGGGCUGUCCUUGAUGGGACAGUUUUUGGUUGUCUACGUUCCACCGCUUCAGAGAGUCUUUCAAACAGAAGCACUGACAGUUUGGGAUAUGGGCCUUUUAAUAUCUGUGACGUCAUCUGUAUGGAUCUUCUCAGAAGUAAGGAAAUUGUGUGAAUAUGCUAUUAGAAAGAAACGUUUAAUCUCAGUAUAAUACUUUACUGUUUUUUAUAAC